UUUAUUUUGGAGUGGUGACAUGACGCCAUAAUGCUGCUCCGUGUUCCUGCAUCUGUUGUGAUUCGGCUGGAGAAAGGACAGAGGGACCAAACACAGAAAAACUCUUGAUGAAGCGACUGAGAUCUAUGUGACACAUUAUAAAGAUGGCGUUUAUUAAAGAGGAGAGUGAAGACUUAAAGAUGGUGUUUAUUAAAGAGGAGAGUGAAGACAUAAAGGUUGAAGAAACAUUCAGAGUGAAACAAGAAGAAACUGAGGAACAAACAGACCUGAUGAUGCUGAAAGAGGAGACUGCAGUACUGAAUGAAAUGGAUGAGAAUGAUCAAUAUAAGAAUCAUCCUGAUUUCAUAACUGGAGAAAAAACUUGUUCACAGACUGAAAAUACUUCCUCACAAAAAAGGGGUAAAAAGACAGAAAGUAAAAGUAGUUUCAUCUGUCAACAGUGUGGAAAGAGUUGCAACCAACAUGAAAAUCUUAAAGUCCACAUGAGAAUUCACACAGGAGAGAAGCCUCAUAACUGCCAACAGUGUGGAAAGCGUUUCUCUCAAAAAGUACACCUUAACAGACAUAUGAGAAUUCACACAGGAGAGAAGUGUCGUACCUGUCAACAGUGUGGAAAGACUUUUGCUGAAAAAGUAAGCCUUAAAAGACACAUGAGAGUUCACACUGGAGAGAAGCCUUUCACAUGUCCUCAGUGUGGAAAGAGUUUCACUUGUAAAGGAAACCUUAAAGUCCACAUGAGAAUUCAUACUGGAGAGAACCCUUAUAUCUGUCAACAAUGUGGAAACACAUUCAAUCUAAAAGGAAGUCUUAAAAAGCACAUGAGAACUCACACUGGAGAGAAGCCUUACACCUGCCCUCAGUGUGAAAUAAGUUUCACUCUGAAAGAAAGCCUUAAUAGACACAUGAGAACUCACACAGGAGAGAAACCCUACACAUGUCCUCAGUGUGGAAAGACUUUUGCUGAAAAAGUAAGCCUUAACAGACACAUGAGAAUUCACACUGGAGAGAAGCCUUACACAUGCCCUCAGUGUGGAAAGAGUUUCACUCAAAUUGGAAACCUUAAAGUCCACAUGAGCGUUCAUGCUGGAGAGAAGCCUUUCACCUGCAAACAGUGUGGAAAAAGUUUCAACCGAAAAGGAAACCUUAAUUGCCACAUGAGAAUUCACUCUGAAGAGAGCCUUUUCAGCUGCCAACAAUGUGGAAUAAGUUUCACUCAAAAAGGAAGCUUUAACAGACACAUUAGAAUUCACACUAGAGAGAAGCCUUACACCUGCCAACAGUGUGGAAUAAGUUUCACUCAAAUAGGAAGCUUUAACAGACACACAAGACUUCACUCUGGAGAGAAACCCUACAUGUGCACUCAGUGUGGAAAGAGUUUCAAUCAAAAACGACACUUUAAAGACCACAUGAGAAUUCACACUGGAGAGCAACCCUACACAUGUCCUCAGUGUGGAAAGAGUUUCAAUCAAAAACAACACUUUAAAGACCACAUAAGAAUUCACACUGGAGAGAAGCCUUUCACCUGCCAACAAUGUGGAAAAAGUUUCAACCGAAAAGGAAUCCUUAACAGGCACAUGAGAGUUCACACUGGAGAGAAGCCGUUUACAUGUGGUCACUGUGGGAAAAGUUUUGGGUAUAAAAUAGCCCUUAAGUACCACAUGAGUAUUCACGUAUGAGAGAACUGUUUUUUGUACAUCAUCAGUGUGGAAUGAAUUUCACAGACAGGAAACACAUCAUGUUUGAGAGACUGUAUAAUGUGCUGAUUAUUGUUACUGUACUAAUCACUUUAGAGAGCUAACAUCCCUAUUAAAUGGUUAGUUCACCCAAAAAUGAAAAUUGUCAUUUAUUACACAUCCUCGUGUCGUUCCACAUCCAUAAGAAUUUCUUUCAUCUUUGGAACACAAAUUAAGAUCUUCUUGAUGAAGUCUGAGAGGUUUCUGUCUCUCCAUAGAGAUCCAGCACAACUACUACUCCAAGGUCCAGAAAGGUAGGAAAAAG